AUGGACGAGUCCGGUCACCAACAACCGGUCGGCAGUGCCGGUGGUGACGGUGGUGAUAGUGGUGCCUACGCCUACAAGAACGAAAUAUCACUCUCGAUCGGGGAUGAAGAUCAGAGCUCCCGUACGAACAGUACUGCCGUACCAACGCCCUCGCCGCGCCACAUCGAGGUUCCGGUCGGGGCCAGCCCCGAAGGAGAAACGAACGAGUACGCUGCACUAAACCGUAGCAGCGGUUCCGGUGGUUCGCCCGGUGGUAAAUCGAACGGGCUAGAUAAUCCGGGCUUUGAGCUGGAGCAGGAUAAACGGCCGUUAAGUUCGUUCGGGCAUACGGCAGGGAAGGAGGAAAAGUCUCUCGGCGUCGUUUCGAUCAAUGGCAAAACGGUGGGCGAAAAGCCACUGGCCGAAGCGGUGAAUCUCGAGCUGCUUAACAUGUCCUCGAAGCCUUCCAACGGACAUCAUCAGAAUGGGACGAACGGGACCGGUGCGCUGCCAGUCAAGAAAGAUACUGAGGUGGAUCUGGGCGAUCCGUACGACGAGUACUUUGUGCCGGUGAACGAACAUCGAAAGUUCAUGAGUGUCUCCUUCCAAAAGUCACGUCACGGCCCAGUUGGUCAUCCCGUGUACGGACGUCAUGGCCGCGGUGUCGACUACACCGGGCAUUCGGUUAAUGAGCCCGCCCCCGGAACGAUGGACUAUAAACAGUGGACCAAAAUCACGAGGGGUGAAAAACUAUACGUUACCAAGGACAAGCGAGAAAAGAAGCGCAAGAACUGGCCGUUCUGGUUGCUUGGACUGGCGGUACUACUGGCAGUGAUCAUUGUGGCAAUCCUUGCUGGAUCCGGCGUUAUCUUCAACGACAGUCCUACCCCAGUAGAGUCGCGCCAGUUCGGCGAUAAGGUGGCAUCAGCCGGUGUAUUCGGAGGAGGAAAAUCCAGGCCGGGGCAGAAUGCAAGCAGCAGUAGCACUACUGCGACAAGCACUAGCAGCGAGUAUCCAACGACACCGCCCCCACCAAGUUCUACCCUGCCGCCGGUACCACCAUCCACCGAGGAAAUUACCGUGUAUGUACCGAACACGCUUGAAGGACAGAUCACGCUGGCAAACGUCGAGUUUUUGGAAGACUAUCGCAAUCCGAACAGUUCCGCGUACAAAACGUUAGCGAUGGAACUGGAGGAAGAGCUGAAAGACACACUCAGCUCACCGGACGCCCGUGGACCUAUUUAUGUUAAGAUUCUAAACAUGAAGCCUGGUUCCGUGGUGGUGGACUAUCGUGUCAGCUGGGAGCCGAACACGAUGGAAAUGUCCGAAGACGCAAUGAAGCUACGAUUGAACAGCUUUUUGCAGCAGAACGGAAACUAUCUGUCCACCUACAUCGUUCCGACGAACACGAUCCGCGUUGCACGGUUGCCUGACGUUUGUGCCAUACGAAGCACUGGAAAGAACUGCGAGUAUGGCUGUACGUUUGAUGCGAAGGUUGGCGAUUUCAUGUGCACCUGUCCGAAGGGAAUGCUGUUAAAUGAUGAAGAUGGACGCACGUGUUACGCUCCAGUUCCUGCUAUUAAUGGCGGUGAUGCGGAGACACACGAGGAACCAAAGAGUGAGCCGGAACCUGCAAGUGAGCCGGAGCCUGCAACUGAACCAGAGCCUGCAAGUGAGCCUGAACCGGCAAGUGAGCCAGAACCUGCAAGUGAACCAGAGCCUGAAAGUGAACCAGAGCCUGCAAGUGAACCAGAACCUGCAAGUGAACCUGAGCCUGCAAGUGAACCUGAGCCAGCAAGUGAGCCUGAACCGGCAAGUGAGCCUGAGCCGGCAAGUGAGCCUGAACCGGCAAGUGAGCCUGAACCUGCAAGUGAGCCUGAACCAGCAAGUGAACCAGAACCAACUAGUGAGCCCGAGCCUGCGAGUGAGCCUGAACCUAGUAGUGAACCAGAGCCUGCAAGUGAACCGGAGCCUGCCAAUGAGCCUGAACCUGCUAGUGAACCAGAGCCGGCAAGUGAACCUGGGCCAGCGAGUGAACCAGAACCUGCUAGUGAACCGGAAGCAGCUAGCAAACCGGAACCCGAGCCAGAACCCAAGAGUGAGCCUGAACCAACGAGUGAACCUGAACCUUCAUCGGAACCGGAAUCAAGCAGCUCCAACACUUACACAAAAGCUUCAUCGAAUGAUCAUUCUGCCAAACUGAUUAUUUCCACUGAGGCGUCCACAACAGAAACAGAGCCAAGAAGUGAACCUGAGCCUACAUCCGAACCAGAACCUUCGAGCGAACCCGAACCAUCGAGCGAACUGGAACCAACGAGCGAACCGGCAAGUGAACCGGAACCAGCAAGUGAACCCGAACCGACAAGUGAACCCGAACCAGCGGUAGAACCGGAACCAGCUAGCGAACCCGAGCCUUCAAGUGAACCGGAACCUACAAGCGAGCCUGAACCUUCCAGUGAGCCAGAACCUGCUUCGGAUACCGAUAACGAAGAGAAAUCGACCGAAUCCGAUAAACUACUAAGACAAGUGAUACAGUCCACCACGGAACAUGACACUGGUCUUACGACCACAACGACGAUUGGUCACCAAUCUUCGUCUUCCACGACGACGGACGAUUCUCAACUGCCCGAUUUUAUGUUCGUGGAUAAGGACUCGAUGCUGAAGCACUCGAGCACGAUCGGAAGCUCUACACCGAACGAACUGGUUGUAUCGGUAACAGAACAGUCCGGCAAAGAUGAUACACCAGCGCCCGUCACGGAAACUAUUGUAGACGACACUCCGAUGCCGUCCACGUCAAGCUUCUUUGUAACGCCAAAGCCGACGACUGCAUCCACUCCGAAAGCGUCUUCCACGCCGGUAAACGGCUUCGAAGGACGUUCGCUGUUGUCGAACGAUACGGCUGAAAACACGGUAUAUGCCACAUCCAGUCCAAUUUCGCUUGAACAGUGGCGUUCGUCGACUAGCUUUGCCACCUCGACGGAAGCUUUCGGCCGAGACUCGGAACGACAGGAUGAAACGAAUCCAUUCUUACCUUCGAUUGAAACUUCGAGCACUCGUAACCCUGCCACGGCAUCGUACGCCGUUACGGAAACCGUGGUUGAGGCUGAAACGACCGCUCCAAUUCUGGCGGUACACAAUGAGUCACCGUUCCUACCGGAGACGGAGAACAACGCAAGCUUGGUGAAGAUAUUGCACGAGGGAUUGGAUCGCCAUGAGGGUUAUGAAAUCGAAACGCAACCACAGUUUUUGGAUGUGGUUCCACUGUCGAAGGAAAGCGAUCGAAACGACUACAAGAAGCAGCUGAACACGCACGUUACGGAGACGAUCUAUAUCACGACGACCAUACGCAGCCCGGUACCGGUUACACCGGAAUCUUUGGAAGAACUGCUGUCCGUGGCAAGCUCUAGGAAUAUUGUGGAGCAGACCACAACCAGUGGGGAAGAGAUGGCCACUAGUACAGAGCGUGAAAUGGAAGAACCGACCACCGUAAUGGAGCAGGCGAAGGAACCUUUGAUGGUAAAGAUGUCGACAGCUGAAGUACAACCAGAUGUGGCAUCUACCUCGCCUGUAGAGCAGAUGGUUGGAACUGCAACUGAAGCUAUGUUAAAUGAGAGCACUGAGCGAAUCCAAACGACCACAGAUAGUGAAGAGGAACCACCAUCAACUACUAAUCUUGAUGUCGAGAGUACCACUCUGAUGGAGAAGGACGAUUCUAGUCCAAGAUCUCAAAAUCAAACCGAAGAAAACACUUCCGAAAGUAGUACGUCAACGACAACGUCUACCACAACGUCGGAAGCGACAAGCACUACAACCACCACCACGACCACUUCUUCAACUACAACCAUUCCACCAGUGGUGACCGAAGCCCUGGAACGCAUUACCGCUAUCGAGAAAGACCUGAUCAGUCUGAAGGAUAAUGAUCUUGCGGACGAUAAUAACAUACUCGAUAACGAUCUACGAGUUAUACCGCUCAAUUGGAGAAAGGAUGCUUCAACAACGGCCAGUCCAGAACCCGGCCUCAAUUCUGUCUCUUCUGACGAGCCUAGCAAUCCAGCAACCCUCAUCCCAACCACCACGACCGGUCAUUUUUUAGACGAAACGACGUUUCAUUUGAUUAGAUCAGAACGAUCAAAUGGAACGUCGUUAAUCGGUACUCGCUUUUCUGAGGAAGACCAGAGCAACACCGUCCCAGCAUCACCGAUCACACCGAUCGCCGAGGACAAACAGAUGGAAACGAUACUGGAGCGUGCGGCGACAGCAUCCACCUCCAUGUUCACCAAGUGCGCCGUAGGACAGUUCGAGUGUAUCAACGGUACCUCGAUCAAGGACGGUAGCUCCUGCAUCCAGAAGUCGGAACGGUGCGAUUCGGUGUCCCACUGUUCCGACCAUUCGGACGAGCAGGACUGCGAGCGACUGGGCUGUCCGGGACACUUCCAGUGUCUGGAUGGUGUGUGUCUUGCCCGUCAGCACGUUUGCGAUGGGAUAGCACACUGUCACGACGGUUCCGACGAGCAGAACUGUGGUGAGUGGUUGUGCAACUUUGACGAGCUGUCGUGUAAUCCUACCACCGGUAAUGGACCGUGCCUGCCGGCGCUGUGGAAGUGUGACGGACUGGAGCAGUGUGCGAACGGGUUCGAUGAAAGCAACUGUCCGGACACUUGCACCAACGACGAGUACUUCUGUGCGGGUCAGCGUAAGUGCAUCCCGGAAGCGUGGCGCUGUGACGGAUCGGUCGAUUGUAGCGAUGGUGAAGAUGAACGGUUGUGCGAUUGUCCGCUGGAUAACUUCAAGUGUAACACCGGCGGUUGUGUGCCGGGUGCGUACGUUUGCGACGGACAUCCGCAGUGUCCGGAUCAGUCGGACGAAUGGAACUGCUACCAGCUGGACCGGAGCGAUGGAACGCUGCGCGUGAAGCGUAACUCUUCGGAUGCACUCACCGUUUGUGGCGAUGGCUGGAACGGUGCACUCGCGGAUCUGGUGUGUGCUGAGCUGGGUUUCGCUGGAGCGAGCAAAAUUCUGUUCGCAAAGGUGGCCACGGGCAAUGGUUCCCUAGUGGACAGUAUGUAUCGGGUGACGGAGAAAAAUCAGUUGGAGUUUGAACCGAUCCAUUCAAUGGAGUGCAAUCAAGGCUUGAAGCUGUACUGCGAGGAAUAUCGUUGUGGUCGCGAGAGUAUCCAGCCGACGUUGGAGCAGCGCAUCGCAGGCGGUGUAACCUCGGACCCGAACCAGUGGCCCAGUUUAGCAUUAGCCUUCAGCAAUAAUGCUGCCAUUAAGUGUACAGUCAGCAUAGUUUCUCCCCGAUGGGCAAUGGCCAGCUACACGUGCAUCAUGGGCAAGACAGAGUUCGUCAACAAUCGGAACUUGGGUGAUAUGAGCUGGAAACUCUUUGCCGGAAGUGCUCAGUUUAAUGCCUCGCUAGAAGAUGAUGCGUUCCGUACGGCGGACGCUUUGUAUCAGAUUGUGGACGUGAAGCGUGUUGUGCCAUAUCCACAGUCAAAGUACAAACAGUUCAUGUACACCGGUGAUGUCGCACUGCUGGAAUUGGCCACCCCACUCAAGCUAAACGAAAUGGUGGGUAGCGUGUGUUUGGCAGAAGGGGCCAACAUUGAUUCGGAGCAGCUCUGUCUAACCGCCGGCUGGGGUUCGGAUCUCGAGAAUACCGCCACAACGGAACAAUACCUAAAAUAUCUGCCCGUACCGACGAUGCCUACGGAACGCUGCAAUUCUUCGAUGCACUACAACCAUGCCCUCCCGGAGAAUGCCAUCUGUGCUGGGUAUCUAAACAGCAACAAAACUACAUGCUACAAUGAUGAGGGAGCUCCACUGAUGUGCUACCUGGACGGUUCGGGCCAGUGGCAGCUGGAGGGCAUCCUUAGCUACCACGGCAACUGUGGCAAACGACCACAUCCGGCCAUCUACAAUUCGAUUACCUCAAACAUUUCCACCUGGAUUCGGAACACCGUUGGGAAUGAUCUAAUGUUCGAAAGGGUUACCUCCUCGGUGACGGUUGGUGCAGAGGUAGCGUCAUCCACUACCGACACCACCAUUGCCAGCAACGCUUCCUCAACGCCCUUCGCAGCUACCACAGCGACAGCAACGUCCGGACCAAGCGAAGACAGAACCAGCACCAGUAGUAGCACGACAUUCGCUUCCAAUGAACGGUAA